AUGGUGCUUAUGGUGAGUGAAGACAGUGACACGUCUGACGUACCAGUGGCGCUCAUCGAUACCGGUUGCACAAGAUGCACGCACGGCAAACACUGGCGGGAGCUGUUCGAGAAGAGGUGCCUGCAUCCCCGCGGCCUCGAGGUCAAGAUGACGGACCGCGUGGGGAGCUUCUCCUCGGCCUUCGGCAAGAGGCAGGAGGGGCGCGUGGUCGAGAUCCCGGUCGCCCUUGGCGGCCGCCGCGGGGUGAUCUUCAGCACGGAGAUGGAGGACUGCGACGCCCCGCUCCUGGUCAGCCUGGCGUCGCAGGAGGCGCUGGGUGCCGUGCUCCACUUGAAGGAGAUGCGGAUGGAGCUGCAGACGCUCGCCGUGGACGUGCAGCUGCUCAAGGUGGGCGGUCGCUUGGCAGUGCGACUUGAUGACUGGGGAGACGAUGAUGGUCACCGAUCGGCAGCAGCUUCGAGUUCAAGAUCAGCGACGGCGAUCUCGUCGAAUAGGGACUCGGAGUUCUUCUACGCGCAGGCGCAGAAGGAGUCGGUCUUCGAGGAGUCCGACGGCGAGGAGAUCCGAGUCGAGGAGGAGGUUGGCCACGCCUUCCUGUCGAAGGAUCGCGGUGUGCUGGCCACCGACGCGACAGGGAUCCUCUCCAAGACGACUCGGAAGAAGCUCGAGUCCACUUGGCGUGAGCUUCGUGGAGAGGAUCGUCGGCUACGGAAAGAGCUACUUCGACCGAGGUUCGAGGCGGAGCGUUUCGUGACCGCCGACUUCCAGACCACGGUGGUGUUCGAGCCGUUCGGUGGAGAGCACAUCCUGACGCGCUACGGUGCAAAGGAGUACGGUUGGAUGCAGUCUCAGCCGCUGGAUGUGGACCACUCUCCCGACUAUGAUUUGCUCGAGGGCCCUGGACGGGCCUUACUCUACCGGAUCCUCGACCUGCACUGGCCUUACAUCACAGUGUUGGUUUUUCCCUGUCAUCCGUGGUCCUUGAUGACCAACAUGAACAAGCUCAUCGACUGGGAUGAGGUCCGCAGGAGACGGUAUUUCUUGAUAGAGCAGCCUUUGACAGCACUUUCUUGGGAGUAUGAUGGCAUCCUGAUACGUUUGUGGAAUUUGGAAGGUGUUGCGUUUGUGCGCGGAGAUCAAUGUGCCUACGGAGCCUGCGACAGGGACACGGGCAAGCCGAUCAAGAAGCCGACAGGGUGGCUCACGAACAGCGCAGCGGUGGCGAAUCAACUGAGUAAGCGCUGUGCCUGUCCGCCCGGCGCUCACCAGCAGCUGCUCGGGAAGAACUCGGGUGGCUAUCGGGCGCAGCAGGCGGCGGCCUACCCCGUGGGCCUCGCGAAGGCCUUCUGUCGCGGCGUGCUCCAGCAGAUGCAGAUCGACUACCGCAGCUCGCUGGUCAUGGAUGCGGCCUUCCCUGUGGAGGAUGCUUUCCCGCACGAGCGUCCGCGAUCGCGGAGCCCGCCGCGGGGAGAGCCUGUGCCAGAGGAGGCGCACCAGGAGGGCCCGCCUCUCGGAGAGGACGCGCCGCCUGCCGAGGCGGCGGCGGGGGCCCCAGAGGCACCGGCCGAGUACGGCGAGUUCGAGCUGCUGACGGUGGAGCUGUGCGCCGAAUUGGACACGUUCCGGAGUUGGCAUAGGAGGUUACUGGAGAAGAUGGGCGAGGAUAUCGAGACGAUCAUCUGGGGCUCGGACCUCUUCCUGGAGGAGCUGGGAGGAGUCAUCAGCGAGCCGCUGAAGAUGGUGAAGCUGCACGCCGCGGACGCCCCGCUCAGGAUGGCCACUACGCUCAAGGGCGACCAGCUCUUCAGGCUAGACUUCGAGGACUGGUCGCAACAGUCACUGCAAGCACGACGGCGCUGGUUGCCUCGACAUCUACUCGAGAACGACGUGGUGGUCUUCUACUUCGCGGGCUACGAGCGGGGCGACCUGCCCGAGGGGCCGGCUGCAGCACAGCAGCGGGACGCCUCACGGGAGAGGAAGCGACGUUGGGAGCUGUUGCCGAGAGCCGUCAAGAGGGCGAUCGAGCGGGUGCACGUGAACCUCGGGCACCCCUCACGGCCAGCGCUGCUCAGGGCGCUGCGCCUGGGCAAGGCAACGGCGCUGGCGCUGAAGGCAGCGAGGCUGUUUGUUUGCGAGAGCUGCCGGCGAGUGCAGCGACCCAGCAUCCCACGUCCGAGUCAGCUCCCGAGGGUCGACGAGUUGAACGUGCUGCUCGCGAUGGACUGCUUCGAGAAUGUCGACAGCGCCGGCAACAACUGGGAGUUCCUUGGCAUCAUGUGUAUGGGGACGAACUUCCACGUGGUCUGCCUGCUGGAGGACACUCACAAGAACCCCAAGGCCUCGGAGGUCAGGAAGUUCUACGAGCUCUGCUGGGUCUCCUGGGCUGGCCAGCCGGAGGAGGCGAUCAUGGUGGAUCGCGCGUGGUCCUUCCUGGGCGAGUUCGCGGACUACCUGGAGCAGGAGGGCGUGCGCCUGGACUCGGCCGCUCUGGCCUCGCCGUCGCACAUCGGCAAGAUGGAGCGCCACGACGGCAUCUGGAACUCGAUGCUCACGAGGGUGGUGCACGACAGGCAGGUGGCGGGCCUUGAGGAGAUGAGAACGGCAGUGACGGAGUGCAACAGGGCCAAGAACACGCUGGCCCGGCGGGCUGGUUUCAGUCCCUACCUCUGGGUCCUCGGACGAGACGUUCGCCUCCCGGCGAGCCUCGCGGACGACGCCGAGGUGGAGCGUGUGGGCGAGCAGAUGGCAGCUGCUACGCCGGGCUCGCGUUUUGCUCGCAAGGUGGAGAUCAGGACCCAGUGCCGGAUGGCUUUCAUCCAGACCGACACGGAGGAUCGACUUCGACGAGCGGAGCUUCGACAGAUACGACCGACGAGAGGGCCGUUCGUUGUUGGCCAGUGGGUGCUUUUCUACGACCAAGCGCAGCCAGCCAAGCAUCGACCUGAGCAUCCAGACAACUGGCGAGGGCUGGCGCGCGUGAUCGGACAUGAGGGACGGCAUGGAGUGUGGCUUGCUUUCCGUGGCCUCACCGUGCUCGCGAGCCCAGAGCACCUGGCCGCAGCGACUGGCCGCGAGAUCCACGCCUGGAGAUCGAUUGCGCAGGAGCAGGAGUUGGUGCACGACGCGCCCGUCAGCGGCGGCAGCGGCUUCGUGGACCUGCGAGGCCGGCCCAGGCCCCCCGCCGCGGCGGGGCAGGAGCCCGCUGAGCAGGGCGACGAGAGCGGCAUGGACGUCGGGCCGCGGGCGGAGGUGCCGGAGGAGCCGCAGCCCGCCUCGGCUCCGCCUGAGCCGGAGGCGCCUCCGGCCCCGCCUGAGGCGGAGGCUCCCCGCGCGGCUCCAGCCGCGCCCGAGCCGCCCGCGGCGCCAGCCCCAGCUGUGGGGGCUGAGGACGUGCCCGCGCCGCCCGACCUGGACUUCGACGCGAUGGAGUUCGACGCGGCGAUGCAGGAGAUCAUGAGGGACGACGGCGACGAUGACUGGCACCCCGACUCCCACGGGGUGCACGCGGAGCCCGAGCCGGGGGCCUCUCGGCAUCGGCGUCCUGGGAGUCUCCUGGAGGAAGAGGAGACUGAGGAGCGCCGCGAGCGGGAGGCCAAGCGACGUCGCCUGCUGGACGAUGUCCCUGUCUCGAUCCGACAGGGGACUGCAGGGUCCAGCCUCUCGGCGCCUGUCGACUCGGCGAAGUUCGUGCUGGACAAUGACCUGGAUGAGUCCAUGGAGGCCGGUGUGGAGACGUAUCAGCAGGGUGAGGCUUUCUUCGUCCAGGAGGGCAUUGGCAAGGAGCAGUUCAUCUUCGGGCUGAUGCGGAAUGAGUUCGAGCACGCUUUCCUGACGAAUAAGCCUGGGAGGAAGGAGAUCAAGCUCGGCAGCUUGCCUGAGGAGCAACGCCGGAUGUUCAUGGAUCGAGGUGGCAGCCGUGAUGCAGAGUGGCGAUCCUGGAAGGACUUUGACGCGGCUGAGCCGAUCCCGCCGGAUGAGAGCGAGGCGAUCCGCGCAGACAAGGCCAACAUCAUCAUCCCGAUGCGCUGGGUGGAUACCGACAUGAACGACGGGAAGUAUGAUGAGGCCGGAGCCCCUCUGCCGCUGCUCGCGAAGAGCCGCCUGGUCGUGGUGGGCUUUCGCGACCGCUUGCUGGGUAUGUUCAGGCGGGACGCUCCUACUGCCUCACGGUUGGCGGAGGCGCUGCUCCUGACGCUGGCAGCGGCCAUGGGCAUGGCCCUUUCCCUGGGCGACGUCAAGAACGUUUACUUCAAUGGGCAGAACCUGCAGCGCGAGGUCUACCUGGAGCAGCCUCGAGGAGGCCUGCCUGGCCUUGCCCCGGGCCAGUUGCUGAGGGCCCGCAAGGCCAUCUACGGCUUCGCUGAGGCAGCAAGGCUAUUCUGGUUAGCGCUGCGUGACGCCUUGCUGUCCGACGGCUGGCUUCAGUCGCGCCUGGAGCCGGCGCUCUUCUACAGGCGCGUGGACGGGCAGCUGAAGGGCGUCGCGGUCUCGCACGUUGACGACGUGCUGGUGGCGAGGAUGAAGGACAUGCAGCUGUCGGACCUCUUGCCGAAGGUCCUGGGUACGUUCCAGUGGAAGUGGAGCGAGCUGCCCUUCACCUUCCGCGGCCGUGAGCUUUCAAGUGAUCCGAGAGGUUUUCUGGUUAAGAUGGUGAACUACGAAACUUCCCUCAAGCCGAUCAAGAUCCCAGCAGGUCGAAGGAAGCAGUUGCAGGAGGACUUGAACGAGGAUGAGGCGAAGGAGCUGCUGAGGGUAUCUGGUGAGAUCGGCUGGCUAGGUCGACAGUGCCGACUCGACCUGGCCUUCCUCUCGGGCGAGCUGCAGAGGGCCCGAGCGGCCCCGUGCGUGGCGGACCUGGCGAAGGCGAACCUGGCGGUGUCUGAGGCCAAGAAGGGCGCUGAGGUCGCGCUGGUCUACCCGGCCAACUUGAGGCUGUCCAGCGCUGUGAUCGGCGCGGCCGUGGACGCAGGUCACGCGAACGGCCCGGAGCACGACGACAUCGAGCGCUACAAGAGCUGUGGUGGCCACGUGGUGCUCCUCACGACCGACGGCACUCUGGCCGGACACCAAGCACCAGUGGCAGUGCUGGACUGGAAGAGUGGCAUGACGCAGCGUGUGUGCCGCUCAACCUUGGCGGCGGAGGCCAGUCACCUGGCCGACGCAGUGGAGGCCGUCGACUGGGCGGCAGUGCUGUUCAGAGAGGCUACGAAUGUCUCGGUGGAUUUGCUCAACUGGCAGGGGGAGGUGCAGCGGCUUCCUCGCUUUUGGGCAACAGACGCAAAGUCCGUCUACGACCACCUCACGAAGGAGGGCUCGGCCAAGAGCAAGGACAAGAGGAUGGCGAUCGAGGGCGCCUUGCUCAGAGAGGUCUACCUCUACAAGGUGCUGCGGGAGGCCAAGUGGAGCCUGGUGCAGGACCCGGCGGCGGCGGCGAUCAAGAUGAAGAAGAGUAUGCAACGUGCUAGCCGCAAGACCGCCAUCGACACUAGGAAGACGGAGAAGAGGCAGCAGGACAAACUCGUGAGAGCUAAUGAGAUGCGGGACAUCGCAGACACUAGGCGCGAGGGCGCGGCGGCAGGGCUGCAGCUCGCCCUGGUGCCGGAGGUUGAGGCGGAGGGGAUGCAGGCGCGGCAGUGGUCCUCGGCGAUGGACGGCGCGCAGGUCCAGCGCGAUCUUGUCAUGGUCAGCGGAAAGAAGCACAUGGCUCGGCUGGAGGACAUCACCCUGCGCGCGCCUCGCUCCAGGCAGGAGGCGCGGGGGCCGCCGAGGGGUGACGACGCCUUCGGGGCCGUCAGGGACGAGGAGAUCGAGGCGGCCCUUCGCGGACUCGGCCUCCCCGCCCCGCCCGUUGGCGGGGCGGAGCUGCGGGGCGCGGACCUCCCAGGCGCGGUUGUCUACAAUAUCGUUUUCAUCGCGACUCUGUCGAUCGCACUGGAGUGGACCGCGGCCGAAUGCGUGGCGCUCGUGAUUAGCAAUCCGUUAAAGGCCACCCAUAACGGCGUCGGAGGGAGCGGGCCGCCGCCCGGCGCCCCUCCGGCCCUCGGAGCGGGCGCCCGGAUGAUCAAGUAUCCCCCCACCAGGGGCAGCCAGGCCGUGCUGUUCAUCUUCCGGUGGAAGGGAAGUACCUUCCCCCACGCGUUGCUCGCCGCCUUUCCGUGCGCAGUGCUCACCGCCGUGCUGGCGAUGCUGCACGUGGUCGACGAGGAAGACGUGUUCCUCACCAAUAGCGCGGUGUGGAGCGGCUUCAGUUUCCUCGUGGGGUUCCUCAUGGUGUUCCGCACCUCCCAGGCCUACCAGCGCUUCUGGGACGGCGCCACCGCCAUCCACAAAAUGCGGGCCGAGUGGUUCGAUGCCGCAUCCGCCAUGGUCGCGUUCACGCGGAUGAGCAAGGGCACCGAGGACGAGGUGUGGCGGUUCAAGGACCGCAUGGUGCGCCUGUUCUCCCUGCUGCACGCCUGCGCCAUCCUGGAGAUUGAAGACGACUGCCUGCACGGGGAGUGCCAGGACACCGGUGACUUGCAGCUGAUCGACCCAGAGGGCCUCAGCAAGUCCGGCCUGCAGACGUGGAAGGCCACCGACCGCGACAUGAAGGCGAAUUUGGUCUUCUACUGGAUCCAGGCGCUCAUCGUCGACGGCAUCCGGCGGAAGUACGCCCACUUGUCGCUAGGCUUGAUCUUUUCGUGGACUCUGAACCUGUCGCAUUCGCCCAGACGCGUGAGCUUCUCCACCGCUGUGAUCGUCAUGUUUACGGUGCAGAAGAUUGCAGCUUUUCACGAUGUUCAGCACGAAGCAAUCCACUCGCGAAGCCGCGAAGUGUCCUGCGCCACCCACGCGACGGGUCAGACUGGACACGUCUUGGAUUACAGCGGGGCCUUGCCCCUGCUGCUGCGCUUGACCGACGCGCUCGCCACUAUGGGAGCCAUGGGCAUGUCGCCUACGGGGAAUUCAUUCAAGCACCUGCAGAACGUCAGCGCGGUCUGCACGGUGCCCAUCAACCGUUGCAACGAGAUCCAGGCAAUCAGGAUUGACGGGCCGCCGCGCACGCAGCCGGUCCCAUUGGAUCGCGCCAGGCUGCGUCAACGUCUUCGGCUGCGUGUAGGUAAUGGUCGCUGGUAUUCUAAACUGAUGUCGCACAUCACUGCGCACCUGCGCCAAAAAGGGCACCGCGUGCUGGAGUGGCUGAGGACAUCCUAUCAGGGCGCCCUCGUAGACGCGCGCGAGGGGCCGCCUGCAAAGCCGCCGCCGAAGACGACGCGCAAGAACGAGAUCAACCAGCGGCCAGUCGCGAGCCAACCCGCGGCGAAUUGGGGCGCCACAGACCCGAGGGAUAACGACGGCGACUCCUGCGGCCUCCGAGACGCGGCCUUCGAGCUCGCAGAGCGAACACCACCUCUACCACCGCCAAGCGCGACAACGCGGAUGAAGACCAGAGAAUGCAGUCACGACAUCAUCGAGUGCCUGACCGUUAUGAUCAGGCACGACCCAUGCGAGCGCGAGCAGGUGAUGUCCAACAUGCGCACCAACAAGGAUUCUAUCUCCGCUUACCGCCACAGCGGCUCACGCAGCGACACAGGCGCCUUUUCUUGCCUCCGCGGCCUGCCAACCGUCCAGGGGAUGGGGUUCAGGCCCCUCGUGAUCCCGGGAGUUCUCGAGCAAAGGCUCCUCAACGCCGAGCACGAAGGCUGCGUCACUAGCAAGUCGAUCCGCUGCGCCAUGCUGCGCCACAGCGUCGGGGCGCGCUGGCGGAGAAGCCGGGGAUCCUUGAUGCUGCAGGUCUCGGAGCUGCCGUGCCAGCUCCGCCACCUGCUGCUGCAGUCCCUCGGACUGAUGCUGCAUCCUUUUCGCCUCGUGGUCCCUUGCCUUGAUCAGCUCAAAGGGAACUGGAGCUGA